AGAGAAGGGUUUUGAGUAUAGGGAUAGAUAGAGAUACCAUGGAAGUGGGAGUCACUGUGUGAGUGUGGAGUGGUUUUUUUUUUUUUACUUUGCUAAAAAAAAAAUAUAUGCUUCAUCAUCAUAAUGCCACAACCAUCAAAAGCGAGACCGGAGACGCACACCACAAUCAUCACCUUCAUCAUGACUCCUCUCCAUCUCCAUCUCCAUAACCUCCUCCUCUCUUAUAUCCAUCUCUGUAAACCCUAAUUCCAUCCAAGAAGACAUCACCUCCCUUCCUCCUCCAUUGUCUUCUCUCUCAACCAUGAACACGAAUCUUUACUACCCCUCUCUUCUCCUUCUUCCUUUCUUUUUGUUUUCCGGGUUUGUUCUAUCUACUAAGCCUAAGCUCCCUCCUGAACUCGUGUCUCUGAUCUCCAUUAAAACGUCUCUUAAAGGCUCUCCUUCCGCAUUCCUUGACUGGGACGUGGCUACGGCUGCGGCUGCGGAUGGUGAUGCGGUUUGGUGCUCGUGGUCGGGUGUUGAGUGCGACAAUGUGACGGCUCGAGUCACUUCCCUUGACUUAUCUCGCCGGAACCUCUCCGGUCGUGUCCCGGACGAGAUACGUUACUUGUCCGGCCUGUUUCACUUGAAUCUUAGCGGCAAUUCCCUCGACGGCUCGUUUCCCACCUCUGUUUUCGAGCUCUACAAGCUUAUGACUCUCGAUAUCAGUCACAACUCAUUCGGUUCGAGUUUCCCUCCCGGGAUCUCCAAGCUCAAGUUCUUGAGAGUGCUCGACGCUUUCAGCAACAACUUCGAUGGCCGAUUGCCCGAGGAAGUAGCCCGUCUUCGUUUCUUGGAAGUGGUUAACUUCGGUGGAAGCUACUUCGAGGGAGAGAUUCCUCCGAGCUAUGGAGGUUUACAGAGAUUGAAGUUUCUUAACCUGGCUGGAAACGUUCUUGAGGGUGGUUUGCCACCAAGAUUAGGGUUCUUACCAGAGCUCCAACACAUGGAGAUUGGGUAUAAUCAAUUCACCGGAAGCAUACCAAUGGAGUUCUCGUUGCUGUCGAAUCUCAAGUACUUGGACGUUUCGAAUUGCAGCCUUUCGGGCACUCUGACGCAAGAACUCGGCAACCUUUCCAAGCUUGAAACUUUGUAUCUCUUCGACAACAACUUCUCCGGCGAGAUUCCGGCGAGUUACGGCAACUUGAGAGCUCUAAAGUCUCUGGAUUUGUCAAGUAAUCAGCUUUCUGGAAGUAUUCCAGAAGGGUUUUCUGGUUUGAAGGAGCUCACAUGGCUGAGCUUGAUCAGCAACAAUCUCACCGGGGAAGUCCCACAUGGCAUCGGAGAACUGCCGGAGCUAAGCACAUUGCUUCUUUGGAACAACAACUUCACCGGAGCUUUACCGGAGAAGCUCGGAUCAAACGGCAAGCUCACGGUGCUGGAUGUCUCGAAUAACUCGUUUACAGGGACAGUUCCGCCAUUGCUCUGCCAUGGAAACGCGCUCUUCAAGCUCAUCCUCUUCUCCAACAUGUUCAAUGGCGAGUUGCCGAGGAGCUUGACGAAUUGCACUUCUCUUUGGAGGCUUCGGAUUCAGAACAACCGUCUAAAUGGCUCGAUUCCUCUCGGCUUCGGUUCUCUCCGCAACCUUACGUUCGUUGAUUUGAGCAACAACAGAUUCAGCGGCGAGAUUCCGGUGGAUUUCGCCGGAGCCCCUGUUCUUCAGUACUUGAACCUCUCUAGCAAUUCCUUCCACAGCAGGUUACCGGGGAACAUAUGGAGCGCGCCAAGUUUGCAGAUCUUAACUGCGAGUUUCAGCGAUUUGAUCGGGGAAAUCCCUAGUUACGUUGGAUGCAAGAGCUUCUACAGGAUCGAGCUGCAGGGGAAUUCCUUGAACGGGACGAUCCCGUGGGACAUUGGACAUUGCGAGAAGCUCCUGUGUUUGAAUCUCAGCCGGAAUUCGCUCUCCGGAAUCAUUCCAUGGGAGAUCUCAACGCUUCCGUCGAUUGCCGACGUCGAUCUCUCUCACAAUCUUCUCACAGGAACAAUCCCGUCGGAUUUCGGGAACUCCAAGACGAUCAUGACAUUCAAUGUCUCGCAUAAUCUGCUCACCGGGCCGAUUCCGGCCGGUUCGUUCGCCAACCUGAAUCCGUCGUUCUUCUCCUCCAACGAGGGACUCUGCGGCGAUGUUCUGGCGAAGCCUUGCGCCUCGGGAUCCGCCGGAGACGGCGAAGCGAAUCUCGGCGGUCGGCGUAAGGAGCCACAGCCCAAGACGACAGCAGGAGCCAUCGUAUGGAUAAUGGCGGCGGCGAUGGGGAUCGGAUUCUUCGUCCUCGUCGCGGCGACAAGGUGCUUCAAGGCUAGCUACGGAGGCGGAAUCGACGGCCGGCGAGGCGGAGAGAUCGGGCCGUGGAAGCUAACCGCAUUCCAGAGGUUGAAUUUCACGGCGGAGGACGUCGUCGAAUGCCUGUCGAAGACGGACAACAUCAUCGGGAUGGGAUCCACCGGAACCGUGUACAAGGCGGAGAUGCCGAACGGAGAAAUCAUCGCCGUGAAGAAGCUCUGGGGGAAGAACAAAGAGAACGGGAAGAUCAGGCGGCGCAACGGCGGAGCACUGGCGGAGGUGGAGGUUCUAGGGAACGUCCGUCACCGGAACAUCGUACGGCUUCUCGGGUGCUGCUCGAACAGGGAGUGCACGAUGCUACUGUACGAGUACAUGCGGAACGGAAGCCUGGACGAGCUCCUCCACGCCGGAGAGAAGGCGGCGGCGGCGGAGUGGACGGCGCUGCACAGGAUCGCGGUGGGCGUAGCGCAGGGGAUCAGCUAUCUCCACCACGACUGCGAGCCAGUGAUCGUACACAGAGACCUGAAGCCGAGCAACAUACUACUGGACUCGGAGAUGGAGGCUCGAGUGGCCGACUUCGGCGUCGCCAAGCUGAUCCAGUCCGACGAGUCCAUGUCCGUCGUCGCCGGAUCCUACGGUUACAUCGCCCCUGAGUACGCGUAUACUCUACAAGUGGACAAGAAGAGCGACAUAUACAGUUACGGGGUGAUAUUACUGGAGAUGAUAACGGGCAAAAGAUCGGUGGACGCGGAGUUCGGAGAAGGCAACAGCGUCGUGGAUUGGGUGAGAUCCAAGCUCAAGACGAAGGACGGCGCGGACGACAUCCUGGACAAAAGCGUCGGCGGCUCGUGCCACGUCGUGAGAGAGGAGAUGAAACAGAUGCUGAGGAUCGCGUUGUCGUGUACGAACAGAAAUCCGACGGACCGACCGCCCAUGAGAGACGUCGUCAUGAUGCUUCAAGAGGCGAAGCCGAAGAGGAAGGAGGUGGUCGGCGACGGCGACGGCGGCUUAGACGAAGUUUGCGGUGAUGUUGUUAAAUGCCCAAAGAAGAUUGGGAGCGCAUGUUAAUAUGUUUGAAAAUUCAAGGCUUUUUUUUUUUUAAUGUAAUUUCUAUAUUUUUGGAGGGUGGUGGUGGUGAUGGUAUAGAAUCGGUAUCUCAUUGGAUGAACAUAAUCUCCGACUCUUUCCUCUGAAUUCAUUUCAUGUUUUAGA